AUGCCUCGAUGCCAGGCAGUGGAUGGAGAGGCCAAGCUCGGCAGCGUUUGGGGUUUCGGUGGGAGCAGACGCGGCGGCAGGGAUAGUGGUGGCGCCCCCGCGCGGAGGGCGCCCUCCCCGCUCUGUGAUGCGCUGCGGCGGCGGCCGGAGGAGCGCUCUCCCGGUGCAGCCGGCCUGUCCCGGACUCGGGCCCCACAGAUCACGGCGGCGCUGCGGCUCCGCGUCCCUGCCAGUCGCUCGGGACCAGCGCUGUCCUAGGGUUGCGCCCGCCGCUUCAUUACCAGCCCUCGGUCCCGCGCCCAGUUCUACACGCACCCGGCGGCGACGGUAAAGGACCUCCGCAACUGGGCGACCGUCAGCGGGGGCUUCGGGGGCUUCGGGCUCUGCGGGACCUCCGAGAACCUGAUCGCCGCCGCUGAGGAUCGUCGUGAAGACCUGAAGGUGGUGAGCAGCAACGUGGGCGUGGACGUCGGCCUGGGCCUCUUACUGGCCACCAAGCAGGUCCGCCGCGUGGACCGCUCCUACCUGGGCGAAAACACGCUGUGCGAGCAGCAAUACCUGGAGGGCGAGCUGGACCUGGAGCCGACCCCGCGGGGCACCCUGGCCGAGCGCAUCCAGCCGGCGGCGCCCGGGCCCGCCUUCUAGGCGCCCACCCGCUACGGCUCGCUGGUGCAGGAAGGCGGCGCACUCAUCAGGUACUACCCCGACGGCAGCCUGGCCAUCCUGAUACCGCGAAAGGUGAGAGAGUUCCAGGGCCAGCUCUCCCUCCUGGAGCACGCCAUCAGGGCGGACUUCCCCUUGGUGAAGGGCUGGAAGGCCGACCGCGCGGGCAACGUGAUCCUCAAGAACUCCAACGUGCCCACGUGCAAGGCUGCGGAUGUCACGGUGGUGCAGGUGGAAAAAAUCGUGGAUGUGAGGACUUUGCUCCCUGGAGACAUCCACGUUCCCAACAUUUAUGUAGAUCGCGUGAUAAAGGUACUGAAAUACAGAAAAGAAUCUGAGCGUGUAGGCCUGCGGAGCGAGGAAGAUGGGAAAGCCCUGCUGGGAGCCGACACAAGGACGCGCAUCAUGCAACGCAAAUUUGAGGACCGCAUGUGUGCCAAUGUGGGCAUCAGAAUCUCUCUGCUGGCCAGCAACUUCAUCAACCCUGACUUGACAGUUCAUCUGCACAGUGAAAACGGAAUCCUGGGCUUGGGUCCGUUUCCAUCCAAAGAUGAGAUGGAUCCAGAUGUCAUCAAGGCAGGCAGGCAAGCAGACAGUCCGUGUUCCCCAGGGGGCUGUUUCUUCCUCAGGGAUGACUCCUUUGCUAUGAUUUGUGGGGAACACAUUGAGCUGACCACACUGGGUGCCAGGCAUUGUUCCAAAUUUGGCGACCUGGCCAACUGGAUGAUACCCACAAAGAAGCACUGCACCAACGGAAAGGCUCCCAAAAUCGUGGGAAAAUGCACCUUGCAGCAGGGGAAGUGCUGCGUGGACCACAUAUCAUUGAGAAGACAGUGUUUGACAUGCGUGGUGGGGCUCUGGGAAGGCUCCACAGUGGACAAGGUCAAGAUCAGCAUGGGCUGUGCCUUUGCUGUGUCCCCAAACCUGAAGCCCAUGCAGCAGGUGGCAGCAUGACACAGCAGCAGCCCAGGCCAGUGUGUGCGGGUGGGGACUCCCCUCCAGGGGUUUACUGGGGAGGGAAUCAGUAGCCACCUGAGGGCCUGCACAGCUCAGGUCUUCUGCCACCAGGUAGACUAUUCUCUCAAGAGGGAUGUGACUUCAAUUAAAAACAAAAGGAAAGCGAAGCGCACCAUGCGUCCUGUGAGGUCUACAGAGCUCUCUGCCACACAGUACCAUCUCUCACAGGACUUCACACCGGUGCCUCCCUUUCCAUUUUUUUCAUUUUUGAGACACAACCUUUCUAAGUUGCCCAGGCUGGCCUGGAACACGCAGGCCUCCUCCCUCCGCUUCCCGGUAGUGUGGAUAACAGGCACGUGCACCACACCCGGUUGUAAGGUGUCAUUUUAUUGCCUUGAAAAAGACACAAACCUAAGUGCGACUUGUGAGCGGAAGUGACGCUACCCUGGU